AUGCGCCUAGACGAGCUGAAUCCAACCAUACCAGGUCGUACCGGAUUUGACAAUUCUAAAAAAGUUAUAGCUCUGUGGUACCUUGGGUUUGCUGUCCCUUGGAGUGUACCCCUGGAUCUUACACCUUACACUAUCAGAACGACUAUUUUUAAAUUCAAAUCAAUUCUAGGAGAACCACAAGAGUUGACAGAAGCUGUAAACUACGGCGUCACAAUCUUCAACAAAAACAUUUUAAGCAAAGACGUCGUUAAUGGUGCCCACGCCUUUACCAAACCUAUUGUCGAAAUGGAGAAGUAUAUAAAAGAUGAGAAAUUGGAUGAGCUUUUAAGAGAUUCUACAUUUCUUCCACCAGUUGAACUUAGACAAAAGUAUGUCGAUCUGACAGAUAAGAUUUGCGGAACAGACUAUAAAAGGGGGGAGAAAAGAGGAAGAGGAGGUGCUAAAGUACAUGUUGAGGUUGUAAAAGAGGAGGAUGAGGUUUUUGAGGAAAAUAUAUGCCUGUUUGAGACAAAUACGCUCCUGUAUAUGUCAACAAAUACGCCUCCGGCAUUGGUUAAUUUUAUCAAGGAAUUUAAACAGAAAAGAAAUGGAGUUGUCGCUAAGUGGGAAUUGGGAGAGUAUGACGCUUUCUAUGAGAAAUUGCAAAGAAGAUGGGCUAGAGCCCUCUUUAAUUAUGCCAAUUCGGUUAUAAAUAAAGAUAAAGUUUGGUAUGUUGAGGAGGAAAAAGUAGAGGAGAAAGGAAAAGGAAACAAGAAGGGAAAGGGAAACAAGAAGGGAAAAGGCACGACUGGGAAGGAUCAUAAUGCUGAGGAAGGAGGAAAAUUUAUUCUUAAAUUUGACAAGAACAGCAUAAAUACAAACACAUUUUGGGUUCAAAUUAAACGAGUGGAAAAUCCAGUAAAACAAAUUCAAGGAACUAAAGAUUCGGCAAUUGUUGUGGCUGUAGGUGAUGCAAAUACAAGUCCGCAUUUUAAGACGCUUAGUGGAAUGAGCACAGGCAAGUUUUUAGAAAAUCGAAAAAGAUCCAGUAGUGCGGUAUUUAAAAACGUUUAG